UCCUCAGUCGACCUCGAGCAUUCGUAUGGAACUCGAGGCCAGGAUUAGUGUUCUCUUUUCGGUUAUACGCGCCGUAUAUUUUCCUCGUGUACGAGUCGGAUAUUAAUUUCAUUUCGCCUCUCUUUCUUUCUCCUUUCUAUACGUACGUCGAAAUUAUCGUGCGAGAAGAGAGGUGCGAUCGGGAGAGGUUGCCACGAGUUGGUUGAUUGGUUGGUUGGUUAGUUAGUGUGUUGUCAGUGUGUGCGAAACCGUGGAUCGACUCGAGGCCACCAGGAAUAAUUGGAGUAAACUGGAGGAAAGCGAGGGGAUCGCACUUCGAGAAUGAAGUUUCCACGGCAGGAUGGGAGCACGUCGGAUUACGAUUCGCCGGAUACCUCGCAGUCGACGAACAAUCAUCAGGCGACCGUGGUCCAGGAUGAAAGUAGCAGACUGUCGCCCAACGAUCAGGGGGAACGUUCCUCGGAGCAAGAAUCGGAGGAGGCGGACGAGCCAGGUCUCCGGAUACCACGAUUGAAUUCCCAGGGGAAAGUGAAAACGUUCAGGUGCAAGCAGUGCAACUUCGUCGCUAUCACGAAGCUCGAGUUUUGGGAUCACAGCCGGAACCACAUCAAGGCGGAAAAGUUGUUGACCUGCCCGAAAUGCCCCUUCGUAACCGAGUACAAGCACCAUUUGGAAUAUCACUUGAGGAAUCAUUUCGGCUCGAAACCGUUCAAAUGCGAGAAAUGCUCUUACUCGUGCGUGAACAAAUCUAUGUUGAACAGCCACCUCAAAUCGCAUUCGAACGUUUAUCAGUACAGAUGCGCCAAUUGUACUUACGCCACUAAAUAUUGCCACUCGUUGAAACUCCACUUGAGAAAGUACUCGCAUCAGCCCGCGAUGGUGUUGAACGCGGACGGUUCGCCGAACCCGUUGCCGAUCAUCGACGUUUACGGAACGCGGCGGGGCCCUAAACAGAAACCUUCGAGCAAGCCGAUGAACGCUACCAACGGAGACGAGGAGAUGAACAAUCAGAAUAACAACAACAACAACAACAGCAGCAACAACAACAACAAUAUCGCGGCGAGCAAUGGCCAGAUCCAGAUCGCUUCUCCUCAACAAGUGGCGCCUCCGCAAAUGUCCCCCACGCCUUCGAAUCACGUCGGUUUGCCGUUAUGCGCGACGAAGAACGGGACGAGCGGCAACGCAGUGACGAGCAACAGCACGGCUAUCGCGAGCACGUCGAGCGGGAUCACGCAUAACCAGGCUGUGAUCACGUACCCGUACAAUCAACUGUUCACAGGUUUCGCCCUCUCGCAAUUAUCCUCGACCACGAUCGUGGAGGAUAACGACAAUCAGUUGGAUCGGAUAAAGGCGAACACGUUGAUGGAUUACUUGAGGGCGAUCGACGAGGAGAGGAUGUCCGCCGAGAUGGCCCAGGAUCUCGUGGUCAGAUGCCCUAACGGGAACGGGGAGGUGUCGAACGGCGUGAACGGGACGUCGGACAGCGGGGCAUCCAGCAUGACCGAAAUAUCGAUGGAACCGAAUCCGGUGGAUCAUGUGAACGUGUACAUGGACAGCCGAGUGACGCCAUUGGAUCUCAGCAAACCUGAUUGCUCGGCCAAUGGAAAGCCGAGCGGCAAUUCGCCCAAAGUGACCGGUACCAGCAGACGAAAGGGAAAGGCGGUGAAGUUGGAGCGGAGAGUGCUCGAGGAGGACACGGACGACGAGCAACCUCACACCUCGACCCAACAGCAAUAUCAGCAGCAGCAGCAACACCAGCAGCAGCAGCAGCUUCAGCAACAGCAGCAGCAGCAGCUACUGCAGCAGCAGCAAUGGCAGCACUUGGUAGAACAGUUGUACUCACAGACGCAACCGCAUCUGCAACAACAUCAGUUGCUCCAAUUGCACCAACAGUUGCAACAAUUGCAACAAUUGCAAUUGCAGCAGUUGCAGCAACAUCAAUUACAGCAUCGUGCGUCGAUGGAGUCGGAUGGAUCGUUCGAAUCCUCGUCCUCCAGCAGUCCAAGUUCCGGCGAAGGAAAGGACGAAACCGAGCGCAACAUCGCGAUAAACCACGAGCUCACCUGCCAUUUCUGCGAGAUCGUAUUCGGUAACGUGAUCAUGUAUACCGUUCACAUGGGCUAUCACGGCUUUCAGGAUCCUUACACGUGCAACAUGUGCGGACACCAAUGCAGCGACAAAGUGUCUUUUUUCCUCCAUAUUGCCAGAUCGAAACAUUCCUAGAUUUAAGGAUCGAUUUCGCAAAGCAUAUAUACAUAUAUGUAUAUAUAUAUAUAUAUAUAUAUAUAUACAUAUAUGUAUAUAUAUAUAGGGAAUCUUUGAGACGAAUCAUUGAUUGAAUCGUCGAAGGUUUGUCUUCAAAAAUUGGAUAUUUUUCCUACCAAGGUGAGAAUUUUCGAGUUUCAAGAAUGGCGUUGCUCGACCAUAUAUAUAUUUCGCCAUCUUUUUUUUUAACUUCUUAAGCGAUACGAUCACGGAAAGUAGGGG